AGCGGGCUGACAGAGCCCGGCGAGCGCUGGCAGUUCCGUGGUGGGGAUGGUGAGGAGCGCCGGCUUCCCGAGCAGCGCUGGCCACUGCGGACUUCCGAGGCACUUCGGGCCGUGAAAAACCUCUGCGCCGCGGCCAAUCUCAGGCCUCCGAGGCCGGCCGCAGUUCUCCAAGCUGGGCUGAAAGGAGUGUCUAUCGCCGUAGCGCCGGUUCUCCUAAUCCCGAGACAGCCCGGAGAUCUCGAGCUACCCCGGCGACCCCUAGUCCCGGCCUCCUGUGCACGCCCGAUCUAGACCCCCUCGGGUGUCCCAGGCGCGGACGAGCCGCGGCCGGGUCCUGGCGUACACCAUGAUCGUAGCGGACUCCGAGUGCCAUUCCGAGAUCAAGGACUACCUGCCGUUCACCAGGGGCGGUGUGGCUGGCCCCGAGACCCGAGAGGAGCAUCGGGAGGGCCCAGCUCGGAGAGGCCCUCGAGGGCCCAGCGCCUUCAUUCCAGUGGAGGAGAUCCUUCGGGAAGGAUCUGAGAGCCUGGAGCAGCACCUGGGCCUCGAGGCUCUGAUGUCCUCAGGGCGGGUGGACAACCUGGCGGUGGUGAUGGGUCUACACCCGGACUACCUUAGCAGCUUCUGGCGCCUGCACUACCUGCUGCUGCAUACGGACGGGCCCCUGGCCAGCUCCUGGCGCCACUACAUUGCCAUCAUGGCUGCUGCCCGCCACCAGUGUUCUUACCUGGUGGGCUCCCACAUGACUGAGUUCCUGCAGACCGGCGGAGACCCUGAGUGGCUGCUGGGCCUUCACCGGGCCCCUAAGAAGCUCCGAAAGCUCAGCGAGAUCAACAAACUACUGGCGCAUCGGCCGUGGCUCAUCACCAAGGAGCAUAUCCAGGCCUUGCUGAAGACUGGCGAGCACAGCUGGUCCCUGGCCGAACUCAUCCAAGCGCUGGUCCUGCUUACCCACUGCCACUCUCUGGCCUCCUUUGUGUUUGGUUGUGGAAUACUUCCUGAGGGAGAUGCAGAGGGCAGCCCUGCCUCCCAGGCACCUUCACCUCCCAGUGAGCAAGGCAGCCCCCCAAGCGGGGACCCAUUGAACAGCUCAGGGGGUUUUGAAGCUGCUCGUGACAUAGAAGCACUGAUGGAGCGCAUGAGGCAGCUUCAGGAGAGCCUGCUGCGGGAUGAGGGGGCUUCUCAGGAGGAAAUGGAGAACCGUUUUGAGCUGGAGAAGUCAGAAAGCCUGCUGGUGACCCCCUCAGCGGAUAUCCUGGAGCCUUCUCCACACCCAGACAUCCUAUGCUUUGUGGAGGACCCCACAUUUGGAUAUGAAGACUUCACUCGUCGAGGAACUCAGGCCCCCCCAACCUUCCGUGCCCAGGAUUAUACCUGGGAAGACCAUGGCUACUCACUGAUCCAGCGGCUCUACCCCGAGGGGGGGCAGCUGCUGGAUGAGAAGUUCCAGGUAGCCUACAGCCUCACCUAUAACACCAUCGCCAUGCACAGUGGUGUGGACACCUCCAUGCUCCGCAGGGCCAUCUGGAACUACAUCCACUGUGUCUUUGGCAUCAGAUACGAUGACUACGAUUACGGGGAGGUAAACCAGCUCCUGGAACGGAACCUCAAAAUCUAUAUCAAGACGGUGGCCUGCUACCCUGAGAAGACGACCCGCAGAAUGUACAACCUCUUUUGGAGGCACUUCCGCCACUCAGAGAAGGUUCACGUGAACUUGCUGCUCCUUGAAGCCCGCAUGCAAGCCGCCCUGCUCUAUGCCCUGCGCGCCAUCACCCGCUACAUGACCUGACUACCCCGCACGCAGGACCAGCACCCGGAGCAGCUGAUCCAGGGCCACCGUCCUCUGUGCAAGGACUUCUGUGUCUGGAGACAGAUCCAGGAAGGACCCUUUCUGUCUCAAGUCUAUCCACCACAUGCUGGGGAUGGGCAUGUCUGUGGCCCCGGGCAGCCCCCAGGACAGGCCACACCUUCCUUUUCCUCACUGGACUGAACAGGACUGUUGCACUGACUUUGGGGUCUGAGCUCUGUCCCUGGAGCUGGAAGAAGAUUAGGAAAGGCCAAGGGCCACAUCUCCUUUUCUUCCCCCGCUCCUAAAAGCAGAUGAAGGCUACAGAGCUAAGGCUGGGCCCCAGGCACCACAAGAGCUGCCUUCCUGGACUGGGAAGCCCCUGGCUGCCCACGUGGGAGAGGAGCAAGGACGUCCAGGGACGAGCACUCCAGGAAGCUUGCCUUCCAUCCUCAUUCUCCAGUUUCAUCAGCCCCCCCCCACACACACACCUGCCUCCCACCCAUCAAUGUGAAAGUUGGACUCACAGCUGGUCUGUGUGCCCGGUUCCCCCAAAGCCUGUUCUGUUGGGCAGCCUGCUCUUUGGUUACCUGAAUAGGGGGUUCAGUCCUUUUGUCUCUUUUGCCCUUGUGCCCUUUUCUCCCAUGCCUGGUGGUGUGGGGCCUGGGAGAGGGGCCAAACAUAUCCAAAGAACACACUGUCUCUGGAGAGUUGGAGCCUAUGGUGGUCUCCCUGCUGUCUGAAGAGUAAGGAAUGGCUGCUGGUGAACUCUGUAUUUGGGUCUUGAGGACCUCACCAUGGAGCCAGAGUCAGUCUGUCCCUCUAGAUUGUAUUGCCACACGGAGGCUGGCAUCCCGUCCUCCUCAUCCCUUGGGUUCUGCCAAGGGUACUUGCCAAAAACAAGAAACAAA